UCCCUCCUCCCACAUUCCCAUGUAUAAAUGCAUAUGCUUGGCUUUUCCUUUUGCUCCACUUUAGUUUCUACUCAUAUCCAUCAUUCUCUCUGAUCUCAAGAAACAAUCUCCACCUCCUACACAUAAACCCUCAUACUCAUCUAAUAAUCUUCAAGGAGCUUCUCAGAUUCAGCUCUAUGGAUCAUUUGUUACAUCAACAGGAUGUUUUUGGGAAUUUUAACAAAACAAGAGAAGCCAUGGGAUGUCCAUCAAACCCACCACACUUAGAUCACGAGCAGAAAAAGCCUUCCCCGGCGACUGGGGCUGCGAGGCCACAGCCACCGGAACUGUCCCUGAGAUGUCCACGUUGCGACUCAACGAACACAAAGUUUUGCUAUUACAACAACUACAGCCUCUCUCAGCCCCGCUACUUCUGCAAAUCAUGCAAGAGAUAUUGGACAAAAGGCGGAACCCUAAGGAACAUUCCCGUCGGAGGCGGCUGCCGGAAAAACAAACGGUCCACUUCUUCGGCGACAAGAAGCCUGAGAACCACCCCGGAACCAGCUUCCCACGACGGAAAAGCAUUCUCGGCGGCGAGUUUCGGUGGGUUCGGUAACAAUGAACACAUUGAUCUUAGUUUAGCCUUUGCUCUGCUGAACAAGCAACCUCCCGGGAGUUCUUCACAGCUAGGGUUUCCUUCAGAGUUUGGUAGCUCACAUCAGUCUGGCAUGGAGAGUGUGUUUGGAACAAGUCAGCAAAAGGAAAACAAUGGUUAUGCGUUUGGAAACGGGAGCAGCGGUUUGGAUAUGGCCAUGAGUGAUCCAAACAAGGUCUUAUGGGGAUUUCCAUGGCAGAUGAAUGGAGAGAUGAACAUGGGAGGAGGAGGUGGGGGUCAUGUAGAUCACAUUGAUUCAGGGAGAGAGAUUUGGACCAAUAUGAACUAUAUUAAUUCUGGUGCUUUAAUGUAGUUCAAAAUUAAAACCUCAAUUUUAUUUGGGUUUUAAUCUAAGGUCUGAAUUUCAUAUUUUGUUGGGAUGAAAGAUGGGGGCUAGCUAUUUUAUGUAAUGGUUAAGGGAAUCUAGAUAUGUUAGGGCUUUUCAAAGAGUUUCAAACUUGCAAUAUGGGGGUUGGAGUGUUCUUUUCUGAUUUAAAUUAAUGUUGACUUUUUUCUUUUGUAUGUUCAUUGUUUCACUAUAUUUUAUAUGAGACAUUUCCCUUGAUU